AUGGCUAUCAUUGUGCACCACCUCAACGACUCGCGCAGUCAGCGCGUCCUCUGGCUGCUCGAGGAGAUGGGCAUCGACUACGAGAUCAAGCACUACGCUCGAACCGCGCAGGGCACAGCUCCUCCUGAGCUUCUCGAAGUCCACCCUACCGGCAAGUCGCCGCUAAUCACAGACACUAACAACGGUAGGAACAAAGUCGUCGCCGAGUCCGGUGCCAUCGUCGAGUACCUCAUCCGCCACUAUGGCGAGGGCAGGUUCGUACCUGCCGACCCGGAGCGCAUCGACGACGACAUCUUUUGGAACCAUUUCGCAGAAGGCUCUCUGAUGCCGACACUUGUCAUGAAGCUUGUCUUCAGCAUGAUCCCUUCCAAGAUGCCCUUCUUUGUGCGUCCCAUCGGGAACGCCAUCGUGAGCAACGUCAACGCCUCGUUUCUGGACCCGGAUCUGAAGCGCAAGUCCGACUUUAUCGCCGACGAACUCGUCAAGAAAUGCGAUGCCGGCAACGCCUGGUUAGCCGGUGGUGACAAGGACGGCAACCCUACCGCUGCCGAUUUCCAGAUGGCCUUCCCGCUCGAGGCUGCCAUGUCUGGCCGCAUCUCGAAUCUUCCCGAACCCAUCAAGACUUACGUCGCAAAGAUCCACGCCCGCCCCGCAUUCAAGCGUGGCCUCGAGAAGGGUGGUCCUUACAAGUACGCUUGA